AUGGCUGUACCUUCCGAACCCACCUUUGCUCAGUUCUACGCUCAACAAGAAAACGGGUUCACUGGACGGCACUCCUCCGAAGACUCUUCAGCUUCCCUCCUUCAGUACGCCGUGGCUCCCGGUCGACCCAUCGCCCCGGGAGAACAGGGUUCGUUCGAAGAGCCAGGAGCGAUCCCGAGGCGGGGUAGCAACGCUUCCUUGCAAUCACUGCAUCAACAGUAUCACGAAUCUCGGCGUCAAAGAGCGGGUAGUUCGGCGAGCGUCACCGAUCUUGUCAGGGGAAUCAAUGUCAACGACCCCCUCGGAGAAGCCCAGGGGCAAAACCAAGCAGGGCCAGCAUAUCAGAAUCAUCGGCCAAACGGCGGAGUACCAAAUACUCGUUUGAACCUGCUCGAUCCAACCAGACAAGAAUCCCUUCCAUUCGACCCUACCUCGGACAGCACUCUCAUCGCGACAGCCCCCAAGGGCGGCCCAAAACAAUCCCCUCCUAUACGGGUCAAUGGCAGCGGUCAAGCAUAUCAACCGAUUGGUGACAUAAUGUUUAGGCGUGAAGAUCAACAACAAGAACAACAACCUCAACAACUUCAGACUCCCUUUACACCACCACUUCAACAGGGACAGUACGGUCAAUGGGCUCAAUUUCAACAGCAGUUUCAAGAACCCUAUGAUCAUGACAUCCAGGAAGGCGUCCCCCAUGGCUAUCAAAUGUUCGACUCUGGCCCAUCAGAUGACUACAUGUAUUCUCAGGCAUCAUCUUAUCCUAAUCAACCCCCUUCCCCAUCCGAAGUGUGGGACCAGGGGUACUCGGGAGAGAAUCAAGGAGAUCAAGGAGACGUGUUAGAGAAUAUUCUCAUGCAAGAGGAAGAUGAAUUGAAUAGAAUCAACUCUGAUCACCAUUCACGUCCAACAUCGCCUUUCGAACCUUCUCAUAACUUGCAAGAACAAGUUCAACAAGCAUAUCAACUACAAGAUCAUUAUCGACAAUCUUUCACUCCUGAUUCUGCUUUUCACUCAUCCGGCUCACGCUCAACAAGUCCUUUCGUUCCACCUACGCAUUCACCUUCGCCCGCGCCUAGUUUCCCACAGUCCAACUCCGGUUCGUCCUUCUAUAACAAGCCAAACUCUCCCCCAGCACUCAUCAUUCCCGGUCAACAGCACAGCCCGUCUCCAUCUCUCCCACCCAUCGUCACUCAGCCUCAGGCUCAGCAAGGAAACCACGCCACAGUGCACAACGUUCUUGGCACUUCAGCCGGUGCAGGCGGUUUGGCGCCUCCAGUAAACCCCGCACUCGAACAUUUGACUGGAAUGGCGGGUAUUAGUCCCAUAGCACCUAACGCGGAUGGCCCGCAGAUCUAUAUACAGCCUAGCACGCCCAUCAGUGGACUGAAAGAUGGUCGUGGACUUUUCGAUGCCGCCUUACGUCGUGCUGGAGGAUUCGGUCAACACGGUCAGUCCUCUCGACAACAAAAUGCCGGACAAGGACAAGGUCAGCAGCAAGGUGACCAUACUUUUUCGGUCCCACCCCCUCAAGCUCGCUCUCCUUCGAAUGAACCAGGCAGGGCGAACAACAACGCGUCCCCCAUGCCACAACAUCACGAAAUGCCUUUCCCUGGUGAGAUGAAUCUAGGUGACAACUUGCGUUCGAUGCCGUUCCGACAACGGGCCAAAUCAGACUCAGCCAUGGCGGCGGCCGGUGGUGCUUUUGACCGACAAGCGUUGUUGCAGAUGUUCGAUCCUUCUGCGGAAGGCGGCUUGGAUGAGCAACUCAGUGUCGAACAAUGGAAAGAUAUCGAACUUUGGCGUUCAGCUCUUGCUCCUGACCCUCAACCUGCUCAAGCCACCCUCGAUCCUCGUCAUCUACCCGGCCAGGAUCAUCAUAUGCAACAAGGUCACGCAGAACCAUUCGAUGCGGAUGCAUUUUUACAACAUUUGCAGCAAUCACAUCAAUUGUCUCAAUUACAAGCACAAGCGAAUCGGAAUCGUCAAGGGGGCUUGGUACUAAACACAGCUUUGCCAGGGUGGAAACCUCCAUUAGGUGCCGGGGGACUGUCACCCACUUCUCUUGCAUUUUAUCAACAACUCGGUAUCGAUCCUGCUCCAGCCUCUCAACUCGGAGGUACAGUAUCCGCUCCAUAUGAUGUUACUUCAUUUCACAACAUCCCUUUCCCCAAUCAACCUCCACUACCUCAUACUGCCGAUCCUACACAGUCGAGGUUCCUCUCUGCAGGUCCUUCAAAUGCUCUUUCUGGUCGACGUCGAUCUUUCGCUGAAGGCUCACAUCCCGCAGCGGGAGUCGGUACACCAGGUUACGGUGUCCAACUGUCAAAUCCUACCCCAUUUGCUAAUCUUGAUCCUCGCAAAGUACGCGGUUUAUCGCCUAGCGGUCAUCGUCGUGGGGCUAAAAGUGAAGAUCUCGGUCGUGGUAUCGCUGGGUCCGGUUGGGGAAUGGGAGCAGGAGUUUCAACAUCAGAUUUCUUACAAUCGAUCACUGCUAUCGAUGGGACACUUUUACCACCAAGAGGAAGAGCACAUUCAAGCUCUAGACACUCGUCGGCAUCUUCAGCCAGAUCAGUUUCGCCCGCUCCCAGUGUUAGUUCGCAAGGAUCAAGUAGGUAUUCUCCACGAAUGGGUAUGCCGGAUAAUGGGUAUUUACAUGGUGGAAUGAUGGGUUUAGGGGGACCUAUACAAGUACCUGAUUUACCUACGGGUAGAUCACUUCGAGUGGCACGUAUGAAGGUGACGAGUGUGGCUACUGAGGUGGCGAGUACGAGUAGGAGAACGAAUGAUGGGAUUUUCAAGUGUCCAAUCCCGGGCUGCGGAUCAACCUUCACCAGACAUUUCAACCUCAAAGGUCAUUUACGGUCUCAUAAUGAUGAAAGACCUUAUAAAUGUUUAUACGAUGGAUGUCCGAAGUCAAUAGUCGGUUUCGCCAGACAACACGAUUGCAAGCGUCAUAUGUUGCUUCAUGAAGGUUUGAGACCGUUUGAGUGUGAAGGUUGUGGUAAGAAAUUUGCUCGAUUAGACGCAUUGACACGGCAUCACAAAUCCGAACAAGGUCAAGAAUGCGCACUCACCCAUCCCCUCCCCGUCAACCCUGACGGUAGUCCAAUGACAGAAUCACAAUACAAAGCUUACAAAGGUAUAUCCGUCGCUGAACAUGCUCAAUUAUCAGGUCUGGGACAUGGACCUGGACCAGGUGGAGGUGGAGCCGGAUUAAUCGGUGGUGGAUCGGGUUAUACGAGUGGAUUAGGAGAAGAAGAAGAAUUAGGUACGGGAAGUGGGAUGGAAGAAUAUGAUCAAUUGUGA